GGACACAGCAGGUGUACAUACAGACCCAGGAAUUCAGCACAGGGAUGGUGGGAACCCCUCAUAAUGGGCAGAGCAGGUGUACAGACCCAGGAACUCAGCACAGGGAUGGUGGGAACUUCUCAUAAUGGGCGCAGCAGGUGUGCAGACCUGGAACCUCAGCACAGGGAUGGUGGGAACCCCUCAUAAUGGGCACAACAGGUGUACAGACUCAGGAAUUUAGCACAGGGAUGGUGGGAACUCCUCCUAAUGGGCAGAGCAGGUGUACAGACCCAGGAACUCAGCACAGGGAUGGUGGGAACUUCUCAUAAUGGGCGCAGCAGGUGUGCAGACCUGAAACCUCAGCACAGGGAUGGUGGGAACCCCUCAUAA